UGAGUUAUAGCGUAUAAUAUUGAUACAUCAGAGUCUGCUCAUCUGUGAUACAUGCUCUGCUACAUGUGCUGCAGACGAUGCUUGAAAGGGCUGUAAACAAUGGUGCUGCUCUGUUGGACGAACUGUGAUGAUACUGCUUCUAAUUUACCCCUAAAGGAUCGUUAUUCUGCACCAUGUGCUGUAAAAGACCUUUAUUGGUCAACAUACACACCGACUACUACAUAUGUGUGUUGGGCAGAUAUUGUUGGAUGAUGUCAUGUAACUGAUAUAUCAGUCUGGCUCUACUGGAGGGCUUGUCAUACACAUAUCACAUUUCCUGAUUUGAUUUAUGCAUUCAAACUAGUGAUGUUGGGGUUGGCCAGUGGAUGUAAAAGCACGGGAGCAGACUGUUGGUUAUUUGACGUCAGUUAAUUUCUUUUGGCAGUCAGAUGCAAGUCUGUCCAAACAGCACACAUACUUUGUGUACUUAAAUAGGGCAAAUCAUUUAUCCCAGCAGAGAAAUCCAGCAGUAUUGAUAUAUUAUUCUCAGCAGGCUUUAUAAACCAACAUAUACUGCUCAGAACUCCAGUGUUUUGGGACUGGUUAGCCAUAGAAAGCCAUCACCAGCUCCUACUUAACAGCUUUCCGUUUUUGAAGCUUUUUCAAGGUAAACUCAAAUCACCUGGGGAUGGUUACUCAAACUGCAUACUUAACACUAUAGUCUGGAGUGUUAAAGGCAGCUCUUAGACUUGGCAACAUGUGCUGUUAUGUUAAACAUUACAGAACCCAAAGCUAUGACCUCGCCCCGCACAGCAGCACCGGUGUGCACGGUAAAGUGAAAUAAACGCCCUCCGGCGCACCACGUUAGCUUGAAGUGCUAGCAGCUAGAGGAGCAGACAAGCCGUCAAAACGAGUCCAGUGAUGCUUUCUGACUGUAGCAGCCACCGCGCAUGUGAUUUUUCUAAAUAUCCAUGGGAACAGCUGACUAAGGUUUGACAGCUAUUCCAUCAGAUAUAUUUUGGAAAAAUUACCCAGAGGAAGCAGUGCUGGAAAUUUGGCUGGAUUAUUAAGGCUUUCUCUGUGUUAAAAGACACACAGACCCACUGCUGAUGACCACAUUUGAAGCCAACCCUGAGUUGUGAGCCAGAAGAGGAGAGGCGGGGCUGAUGACAAGCAUGACAUUGAGCCAAGCCACAGAUGCAUGCCCACUCAAAAGGCCCAACUGAGCGCCAUCCCCUCUGCUUCCCGGCUUUCAACCAGCCUCUCAGAGGGGGGGUGUCGUCGGGGCGUAGCUAGUCCCCUGCACCCCCAAGUAGAACCUCACUGUGAAACUGGAGGUCUCUGAUGGAUCAGGGUAGUAGUGAGCAGAGUCCAGAGGAGCCAGACACAGGAGGCCGAGCAGAGCUGGAGGUCGGCAGGAGGGCGUCGGAGUCAGAGCACGGCUUGUCCAAAAUCACCCAUAAUGCCCUGGAGAACAUGGGAGCGUUGGGCCAUGGCCUGAAGCAGUUCUUCCAGCCACAGCGCCGACGCUCCUCCGUUUCCCCACAUGACUCCGCCUCGUCCUGUGCGGGUGCCCCUCCCUCCGAACCCACUGAUGUAGGGUCAGAAGUAGGGGAUGCUCCUGCCUCCUCGGCCCUCCCUGUGGAUUCUGACAACCCUGCCGCUUCCGCCCCUCCCGCAGCUCUGAGCCGUGUUCUGCAGCAGAUCCGAGGUGCUCCACCCAUGAUGAAGCGAGGCACCAGUCUGCAGAGCCGCCGCAGUAAGGCAGGGGGCACUGGGGAUCCUCCCCAGAAAGGUAGCCCACAGAUCCACCGGCGCAGCACCCAUGAGGCCCUGCUGCAGGCUGGACGCCCACGCUCCUCCUCCACCACAGACACACCCAGCAGCCCUGCCUUAGCGGACAUGCUGCUGACGUCUGGUUACCACUCUACUGAGGAGCCCGACAAGCUGGAUCGUUAUGAUGGAUCAGGCCCUGCUGUGUCACCCAACGCCCUCCCCUACGGUGCUGACGGCUAUGAUGUGGUUGACAGUACCCCAGACCCCCACCGUACUAAGCAGGCCAUUGCUCAGCUGCAACAAAAGAUCCUCAAGCUCACAGAACAAAUCAAGAUAGAACAAACUGCACGUGAUGACAAUGUGGCUGAAUACCUGAAACUUGCUAAUAAUGCUGACAAACAGCAGAGUGCUCGCAUCAAACAGGUGUUUGAGAAGAAGAACCAAAAGUCAGCUCAGACUAUCCAGCAACUGCAGAGGAAGCUGGAGCACUAUCACCGGAAGCUCCGUGAGGUGGAGCACAACGGCAUCCCACGCCAGCCCAAAGAUGUUUUUCGAGACAUGCACCAGGGGCUGAAAGAUGUUGGAGCCAAGGUAACAGGGGGCCUUUCUAGCUUCUCUCAAGCCACCCAUUCUGCUGCUGGAGCUGUGGUGUCCAAACCAAGAGAAAUAGCUUCCCUCAUCCGCAACAAGUUUGGCAGUGCUGAUAACAUUGCAGCACUCAAAGACUCUUUAGAUGAAACUCAAGGAGAUGAUGGUGUCGGCCCUGGGGGAGCAAGGGCCCUUGGAACAGGGCAGUUGCAAUCCAGCCCCAAGUAUGGCAGUGAUGAUGACUGUUCUAGUGCUACUUCUGGUUCUGCAGGAGCAAACAGCACCCCUGGAGCCCCUGGUGGCCCCCCUAGCUCCAGGGGCAAUACCCUUGAUCAUGCCCAAGCCUCAGGCUUUGAUGCUAUACUCCAUGAGAUCCAAGAGCUUCGGGAAAACCAAGGUCGACUUGAGGAGUCCUUUGAAAAUUUAAAGGCCCACUAUCAGCGGGACUACACCGUGAUCAUGGAGGCCCUGCAAGAGGAACGAUUCAGGUGUGAACGUCUAGAAGAACAACUCAAUGACUUAACCGAACUACACCAGAAUGAAAUUCUGAACUUAAAACAGGAACUAGCCAGCAUGGAGGAAAAGAUUGCCUACCAGUCUUAUGAAAGAGCAAGAGACAUACAGGAGGCACUGGAGGCUUGUCAGACACGCAUCUCCAAGAUGGAGCUGCAGCAGCAGCAGCAGCAGGUGGUGCAACUGGAGGGUUUGGAGAACGCCACAGCACGGACUCUUCUUGGAAAACUAAUCAAUGUGCUGCUAGCUGUGAUGGCAGUCCUUUUGGUCUUUGUGUCCACAGUGGCUAACUGCGUGGUCCCCUUAAUGAAAACACGCAGCCGCACACUCUCAACGCUGCUCCUUGUGAUCCUCCUUGCCUUCCUCUGGAGGCACUGGGAUGCUAUUUCAGAGUAUCUGCAUCACUUUCUUCUGCACCCCAGAUGACCGGCUUGGGGAAGCAUAUUUAAAUGAUGAAGGGACAAGGGGUUUGGGAAUGACAUGUAAAGGGAGGUCAUGAAACCAUACAGAAAGUUGAAUCUCAAUAGUCCUACCUUUUCUAACUCUUCAGCAGCUUUUCAAAACACCCAGGAGGAUCGCAUCAGAGGUUUGGAACUUUAGCAUUUUCUGGAAGGUGUUUUGAGAAGAAUGAAACCGAAAAAGGGCAGAAAAGGUUGGAUGUUUGAUUUGGACUUUCUAUCACUAGUGCAAUUGUGGCACAAGCACAUACUGUAAGGGUGAAUGGAGCAUAGCUGAAGGAGGAGGUGAGAGAACUGCACACUUGAUUUCUCUCUUUUGAGUGAAUUUGUUUACACGUGGAAAACUUUGCAUUGUUUCUCCACAGUAGAAAUUGUAAUUCAGAGUUUUAUUACUUUUGAGCUGAUUCAAGUGGUAUUGUUUUGAAGUCACUGCUAUUUUUAAUACAGCCGAUUGAUGGAUUGUUAUUUUCUUUUUUACUGUAAUGAGCUGACACUGUUCUGCAGAUUUAGUUGCCCACAUUCUCUUCUUUUUGUAAGUUUUCUCUCUUCUGGUCUUGUGAUUCUGUUUUUUCAGUCUGCUUUCCUUUCCUCUUCACACUAUCUUUUAAAAUUUCAGCUUGUGUGACCAACUCUUCUCUUCCUGCUCAGUACACUCUAAAGAAUGGGGUGCUUGCACAUCAGCUACAUUGCUCUGGAAUCUGACUUGUCACUGGGUCUAAUACUUGUGGGUUCUUGACUUGCUUCUUUUGGAUGUGUGAAGUCAAUAACACUGGCUCUGCCACAACCAGGAUAAUGCUAUCAAAAACAUUGUUUGGAGUUGUGACCCUGCCAACUGGAUCCUACUGUCCCGGUGACUUUUCCACGGCAGAAGAAUAAUCUAUGAACUGAAUUAACAUACUUGAAGAGCGGCUCAAGUGCUCAAAGACUCAGUGCUUCCGUACUGUUUCUAUUAGUGACAAUGAAAUAGUAAUACUUUUUAGUUGAUUUUUUUUUUAUUUUUUAAGAUAAAUAAAUUUGCUGUUUUAAAAGGUGAAA